AUGUAUUAUUAUGAUCAAACAGUGAAACCAAGAGCAAAUACGCAUACAAGUGCAAGCAGCUCAUAUAGUUAUCCUUACCAGAACUACUCGACGGCAGCUGACACUUCAGCGAUGGUCGCUGGCGACAUGCUUGGCUCCUCACCUCAGCCCCUGCCUAUUGUCAACAGCGGCAAUAGCAAUGGCAGCUCGAUGCACAACCAACCUCGCGUGCCUCGUAAGCGAUCAACCAGCGAGAGUGGCUCCACCCCCAACUCUUCAUCACCGGCAUCCUUCAACAAAAGAUAUGGCGGCGGUGGCGGCGGUGCACCGCCAAUGUAUCACAAACCACAUGGCGGCGCAGAUUACAAUGUGAUGGGACUUCCACCUCAUCACCAUCCUCACCAACAACAACAACAACAACACAUGCCCUACCAAUACCAGUACAGCCACAACAACAAUGGUCAUGCCGACGAGACUGAGCCGGCCUUCUUCACGGAGCUGGAGAAGGAGCUGCCCAAGCUGAUGGAGAAGUAUCUGGGCGAGAACGACUCGGUCUUUAGCGAAAACCGCAAUCAGCGAUCAGCCAUCUAUCCCAUACUCAAGGAGUACCUAAAGGACUUUAACUAUCACACCGAAGAACGAAGGCGGCAUCCAGACUCUACACAAAAGACUCGAUGGCAGGAGAUUGCCGAGAAACUGUUUUCCAUCACAUUGUGGAGUUGGAAUGAAUAUAGAGACAAUGUGUUCGAUCCUUCAAAGCCACAGCAUAUUGAGGAGUUGACUAAACUCCGCGAAAAGUCAAGACAGCGCGAAGAGAAGGAACUGGAAGAUAUCAUUACAAACUAUUUGUCCAUCAGG